AAUCAGCAUUAGCACUUUCCCUACAAGUUGUAUAAGAUCGUUUGGUUUUGUUGUAAUUAAUCAAUAUGGCUAGCUCUAUGUCCCUUAAGCUUGCAUGUUUGGUGGUGUUGUGCUUGGUUGUGGGUGCACCCCUGGCUCGAGCCAUAACUUGUGGUCAAGUCACAUCCACCCUCGGACCCUGCAUUCCUUACUUGAAGAGUCCAGGUGGUGCUGUUCCACCAGCUUGCUGCAGUGGGAUCAAAACCCUCAACGGAGCCGCCCAAACAACACCAGACCGCCAAGCAGCUUGCAACUGCAUCAAAAGUGCGGCUGCCAGCAUACCCGGCAUCAACGUGGGCCUUGCAGCUGGACUCCCAGGCAAGUGCGGCGUCAGCAUCCUUUACCAGAUCAGCCCCAGCACCGACUGCAAAAGCAUCAAGUGAAAGCUUGGCCAUGGAAAUUCGUCGGCUAAUGGAACGGAAAAUAAUGGAAUUUACA